UCAAGGUUUGUGACCUUCCAACCUAACUGGAACACUCGUCAACUACCGGGUACUGAUUAUUGGCAGUUGGGGUCGUCGUACUGCCUUCGAGUACAUUCAGCAAGUUGGUAGUUUUGAAUGUUUGGACAGCCGUAGCCAUGAAAAGUGGUUGGCGAGUAGGGCGUCCCGAAGCUGUCCUGAGCUGAGGACAGUGUGGCGGAGAAGGAGGUGAAGUGUGGUUGGCCCGGGCUUUCAACACCCCAGGCUCUGCUGGACCGGCACUGAACUACUUCGGAAGAGUUUGGGACAAGCCGAUUCGGUGGCACUGCGAGAUGUCGCUGUCAAUGGAAGAUGGUCCAGAUUCUCCUUUCCCUAUCUUCUGCUUCAACGGCUCGAGACGGGCGUGUGGUCAGCAACGGUCCCUACAUCCUUCUAGACUGAGUUUUAGUGAUCUGGCCGGAGAGCGUGACAGAUCUCCAUUAGUACCCGCAGAAUUCUCACCAUGUUUGCUAGCAACUCCAAUGUCGCCAGGCUGGAAGUCUAGUCCCGGCCCAAUGCCCAAACGUUAUGGAGCUCGAAACAGGCUUGACGCAUGUAACACUGGCUGGAAGAGACCACGUAUGGAUAGUGGCACGGAUGGUGGGCCGCAGCAGAAAACUCAGGUGACCCAGUCCCGCUGUCACCUGACCUCAGUCAGCAGUCCUAGUCCCCUGACGCUAGCAGAGCCUGUAGUGUUUGCAGCAAGCCCACCACCCCCAGCAUUCACAUUCGACGACAGCUCCAGCAAGGCAGGCGAGAUGCGCAGGAAGCCCUCCAGUUCCUCUCCCAUGUUCUUCGGCGCCUUGCCGAGCAACACCAACCAACAAGCGAGCAUCACUUCUGGCAUGUGUCGCUCAUUGUCGCAGGCUUGCAUAGCACCCAUCGGAAUGAUGACGUCACCGCUACUCAACAAAGCCUUUGGCUUGAUAUCGCCAAGCAACCAAGGUGUGUCGCCACUUCUCAUUGGAGAUUUCUCACGGCCACAUAUAUUGCCGGUAAUUGACAACGCGGAGGUGAAGCGUAUCACUGGCGAGACGCUGAGCAGAGCACUGCUAGGAGGAUUCUGCCAGAACAGUAUGGUGGCCGAGAUCCACCUUGUCGACUGUCGCUAUCCGUACGAGUAUGCUGGCGGCCAUAUCAAGGAUGCAGCGAACAUCCAUGAUGACGAUCAGAUGGUGUCCAUGCUCUUCAAGAACACUGCCCUCCACAGCAACAACAGGGCGGAGCACAGUCCUACCAUCAUUGUCUUCUAUUGCGAGUUCUCUGUCAAGCGUAGUGUUGACAGGCUUCGCAACUUUCGGAAGCAUGAUCGGCUACACAACGUGGAGAACUAUCCUAAGCUGUGCUUUCCUGAGAUCUACCUGCUUACUGGUGGCUACAAGCAGUUCUUUGAGUCAUUUCCUGAGCUCUGCUCUCCAUGCGGCUAUAUCCCGAUGAAAGACGAGCGGCAUUCGCAAGACUUGAUUCGCUUCAGUCGCGGAAAGACCUUCGAUGGAACCAGCAAGAAGGCCGGCAGACAGCUUCGGCGGUAUGCAACGCGCGUGUAAUAAACUACUGAUGUACUUGGCAUGAUAUUAUGUUACUGCUCUGUAUCAUCAAACCUCAUCAUUGACAUACCGACUUCAUAUAGUGCAUGCGAGAAACUCAACGCCAUCACAAACAUGCGCGGGAAACAAACUACGAAAAGUGCAUGCACCGCUGAAAUUCAACUGAGAUGAGUCGUGCUAGAAUCUAAUGGACUCGAAAUGAUAAGAUGCCAAAAAAUACAAUUAUUCUGCAGCGAACCCUCCUGGUGCAGGUGGCAUUGUGCGAGGUGCGACGAUGUCACCUGCACUUUAUGCUUUGUGACCACAACAGACUGGGCAAGCCGAGUUUAUGUUGAGUGUCAAUCUGCUUGAUCCAACGCGGAUCGAUUUUGGAAAUAAUUUCAUUUUGCAUAGUUUUAUAUCAUUGCUCUAUUCUCCUUCCACUCAGCAUUCUAACUAAGAACAUACACUACGCAUACGUAGCACAUUAUUGAUAAGUUACUUUUAUCACACGUGUACUCGAUGUUUCAUAGAUGAUAUUCUUAUGUUACCCGCCAUCAUAACAAUAACCUCACUUAUGUUACAUCUUAUUCAGUAUUGUAACCUCGAACCACACCCUCAGACCAAAACAUAUUCCUUUUUUAUUUUCAACGCUGCUGCCACUACUGUUAUACUCUUCAUAGUUCUACUUUCCCAGACAGAUGAACAACUGGAUUUGUUUUCGCACUUCUCCACAUCACCAAGACUGACUGCAUUACCAUGGCUGUACUCUUGAUAAUACAUUGUACAUGGCUUUCACUGGUGCUGUCCUGUGUGUGGUCAUGUACAUCUCGGACGGAUUUGUUUAGCACUACAGUCGUGUACAUGUCUCAAGCAAUUAGCCACUGAGUUGUAUAAGGUUGCUACAACUCCCAGCCAAAGAAGACCAACAAUCCAACUAUCUCAAUGGAGUGAUGCAUGUUUGAUGUACAUUGUAUUCUGCUACGGUACUAGUACUGCCUUCGA